UUCUUUUAUGCGUUAUUUCUUAUUUAUUUUUGUGCGCGUGUGUAUUCAUAUAUGUAAAUAACCCUUAUUUAUAUACAUUAGUAUUCCUACAUUUAUCACACGGAAAAUCGACUGGCUUAUUGAAAAUUUGUGCAUUAUCGCGGCAUUGUGCCGUAAAAUAUAUAUAGCGACACACGUAAUAAUGUUUAGAAACGUAAUAGCAAUACAUUACAUGGCCUGUUUGCUGGUAAUGAUGUGGCAAAUAUGACGCAAUGUUGUACAUAUUAUGGAAUCCCCACUUACGUGCGAAUUACUGAAAGUUAAAACGCAUCCGCUUCCACACAGUUUAGUAACAGUGUAGCCGUUGUUGAAUUCGUGUCGUAACUAUCGCGGCCGUUGUCUAUCGCGUCGAGUGAUUCACACGUUCGUUUUAUUCUAGUUCUGAUAGACACCGUUCGGCAACUAUAUGCGCAAGUGUGCAGUAAAGAGAAAAUAUUUGACAGUAUUUCGGAUGGAAUAAGUGGAACGACAUAUUGUUCGAAACAUUGUGUGUUCAGCGGGCAGUAUUAUCAGUGUCCAGCAUUUUGGUUUAAGUGAAUAAACUACUUAAGUUGCUGCGUAACGCGUCCGGCAUUCUACAUCAUUCAGACGUCGUAAAUAUUCCUCUGUGCAAAAGUAUCGUUCGUACGGUCGUGCCGCGAAACAGCUGAGUUUGUCGCUCGCUCGGCGCGCAGCGAUAUCGUAACCCUGUGACGAGCGCAAGACUCGUAACUGUUAUCGUCAGCAACGAGGAACACAGCAUAUUCAUUAGUGGUCUUGAGUGAGACAGUAAAAUAUGUACUUUGGAUGAACGAGCGACGGCGUUCCUUCCUCUCUUUCACACUGCGUUUUGCAAUCUCGCGUCGAUAGGAGUGCUCGGCCUGUCGACACACGUAUCCGCGGCAAGAUAUUCGCACAAGAACAAGAUUCUGUUGUCGUACAUCGCUUUCCUCUUCAUCAACAAUAAAUCUGUAGUCGUAUUUCGGUCACUGUGUUACUAGGUGUGUCAGUGAGUGAAAUCAAAUGAGAACCGGUCCGAGAUUGUAUCGAUACAUCGAGAACAAGUGACGUUGGCACGGCGAUUCGAAAUGUGGUGAUCAUCGACGUCAUCGAGUCGUUAACCGAGAUCUCAUUGAAUAUUUGGAACAAUGGCGGGCUACGUGCGCUUCCUGUUCGCUCUAAUGCUAUGCGUAGCGAACAUGAUCAUCUAUGGGCUGAAAGUGAACAUCGCGACGGCUAUUAUCGGUAUGGUGAAGAAAAAACCGGGCAUCUCAGAUUGGUCGGACGAAUGCCCGGAAUACGAGCCUGACGCAGACGUCGUCACUGAUAUCGAUGGACCGUUUGAUUGGUCAUCGAGAGACCAAGGUCUGGUCGUUAGUAUAUAUUUCGCUGGAUAUCUCGUCGGUAUGUUUCCAGCGGGAUACUGUGCAGAUCGCUUCAACACGAAGAUCGUAUUGCUAAUCUGCGUGCUGGGAAACGCGUUCUUAACGAUCUUGGUACCGAUCACGGCGAACGUACUGAGCGCGCUGUACGUGGUGAGAUUUUUUACCGGCGUGGUGAGCUCGGCGAAUCUACCUAUAGUGAAUGUUCUCGUGGGGAAAUGGGUCAUCUACGAGGAGAAGAGCAUGUGGGUCGGCAUCAUAUACGCCGGCACGUCGCUCGGCACGGUGAUAUCUAUUCUCACCUCGGGAAUGAUAUUGAAUUACCUCGGCUGGGAGGCGAUCUUUUACAUUCACGGUGUACUACCGUUGAUUUGGUGCGUUGUCUUCUAUAUAUUCUUCGAAGAUUCGCCGGAGGAACAGAAGUACAUCACAGACGAGGAGAGAUCGCUCAUCGUCAACUCGUACGGCCAUCGGUCGCCCGGCUCCAUGAAGAUGAAGAUCCCGUGGAAAAGUAUCUUUACGUCGGUACCGUUUUGGGCUCUGAUUGCCACCAAUACCUUGGGCAACUUCUGCUGGUACUUCCUGCUCACUCAGAUGCCGCUUUAUAUGAAUAAAAUAUUGCGGUUUGACAUCAGAGCGAAUGCUCUGAUUACUUGCACGCCGUACUUCGUGAAUGCCUUCACUAAUCCGCUGCUCGGAAAAACGUUAGACUGGGGACGGCAAAAAGGACUCUGGACUCAGACCAUCGCUCGUAAAAUUGCGGUGUUCAUAAGCUGCAUACCGCCUAGCAUCUUUCUGAUUAUAAUCGCGUACAUUGGUUGCGCUCGCGUGACGUCUACCGUCCUGCUGACUCUCAGCAUAGUGGUCUGCGGUGCUAUAUUCGUUGGCCACCUCACUAAUCAGAACGAUCUGGCCCCGAAUUACGCGGGAAUUCUCAUGGGCAUUACAAAUACGCCGGGCACGAUUUCUGCCUUUAUCCUACCACCGAUAGUCGGCGCCCUCGUGGAGCAAGGACACACUAUGGCGCGUUGGAGGUACGUUUUUUGGAUUACCGUCGUCGCUCAGGUGCUCGCUUUCUUUAUAUUUGCGACUUUCGGGUCUGCAAAAAUUCAACAGUGGAAUUAUCCGCCCGCGGAUGUUGAAGAUUGGGACGCUGAAGAGCAACAACAACAGCCACGACAACAAGAAACGAAGACAUGAAUUAGGGAAUUACUUUCGCGUAAUAUUUAUCUGAAGAUUCGAGAAACACGUUUCUUUGACAUAAGUCCAUUUUGCAUGCUACGAGAACGUGUUAUCUUCGAUAAUUCGUUACUCUUAUUGUACAGGAUGGCCUACAUAACUCUUUACAGCUCGAUUAAAUCUCAGAAAUUAAAAAAAGAUAUGAAAAAGUGUUUCUAACAAAAGUUGUAGAAUAUGAAAGUUGUAGAAGGAAAAAGGAUAGUAAUAUUUAUUUUUUAUUUUAAAAUUAUUUUUAAAAGCCCCUUGCCUAGGUCAAUUUUAAUUUUUCAAAUAGGAUCAAAUGGUUUUUUCGAUAUAAGUCAAUUCUUCUAGUCAUUUUACGUAUAAAAGUACUGGGAUAAAAUCAUCAAAAAGUAAAUUCUUCUUGGGUUAUUUAAUAUUUUAUCUUGUAAUUUUUCAAUACAAGAUAUAAAAUAUCUCGUAAAUUAUUCACUUUCCGGUCACUUCAUCUUAAUACUUUUAUACGUAGAAUGAUCGGUAAAAUCGGUAAAAUCGAUUGUUUAAAAGAAAAACAUACGGAAACUAUAAAUAAAAUUCCAUACAUUUUGCAAAUUUAUUGAUCUGUGUGCAAAAGAUAGAUAUCAUCGAUUUCUCUCGUUAUUCUAUGUACAAAAGUAUUGAAGUAAGGUGCUCAAAAAGUAAACAGUUUAUGAAAUAUUUGACAUUUUUUAUUAAACAAAGAUAGAAUGAAAUGUAAAAUACCUCGAAAAGUAUCCACUUUUCGAAAAUUUUAUCCCAGCACUUUCGUACGCAGAAUGACCAGAGAAAUCGAUUUAUGGCGAAAAAACCAUAUGAUUAUAUUUAAGAAAUUAUCUCGUUGAUCUCGGAUUUUUAACAUAAUUUUAAGAUCAAAUAUUACUAUCUUUCUUCCUUCUUAAUUCUACAAUUUUUGUUGGAAACAUUUUUUUCAUAUCUUUCUUAAUUUUUGUGAUAUUAAGCUGUAAAGAGUUAUGUGGACCAACUUGUAUAUAUACUCGUGAUGCCAUUAUACUAUUAUACAAAAUUAAACAUUUUAUUAUUUUGUUGUGAUGCGUAUGACUUUACGUAUCUACGCAAAUUGUAUGCCUUUGAUAUUCUUUUUAUGUAAUACUGCUGAUUUUUUUUCAGAGAAUCUAUUGAGAUUUACUAGUGGGUGCAAUACUUAAUAUUUUCUAGUAUGUCAUCAUUUUAACACGCUUACAUAUGUAUACAUAUAUCCGCAUAUUAUACAUACAUUUUUACAAUAGUAAUAUCUUUUUACAAUAUAUAUCUUUAAAACAAGAUCUUUUUAUCUAAAAUACGCUCCGCGAAGUAUUUGUAUUACAUGUGCCAUCGUUUGAAUCGCCUUAUACGGGCAACAAUUUUGCUAGAUCUCAACGACGACAGAUGUUAGUUGUUAAAAAAUUGAAUAGAAAAAUAAAGAAAAAGAAGAAAUUGAA